AUGCAGCAGCAGGAGCAGCAACAACAGCAAGAGCAACAACAGCAAGAGCAGCAGCAGCAAGCGCAGCAGCAGCAGCAGCAGCAGCCAGCAGUACAACGACCGCAGCAGCAGAAAUGCAGCAGCAGCAGCAUCAACUGCAAGACCAACAGAAAGCGCAGCACCCGCAGCAGCAGCAGCAGCGGCAGGGCAGAAAGAGCAGCAACAAGUGCAGCAGCAAGUGCAGCAGCAGCAGCAGCAGCAGCAGCAGCAGCAGCAGCAGCAGCAGCAGCAGGAGUUCUAACCUUCACAGAGAAAUGCAUGCGAGGGGAAUUUUUGUUUAAUGAUUUGUUUGAGUGUAUCCUCAACUCGGGUAUCGUAUUCCGUCACCAGCAGCAGCAGCAGCAGCAACAGCAGCAGCAGCAGCAGAAGCAGCAGCAGCAGCAGCAGAAGCAGCAGGAGCAGAAGCAGCAGGAGUAG